AUGGGCUAUACACUUUGUGUCAUCGGCUGUGGGACGAUGGGCAUCGCCAUCCUCUCCGGUGUGGUCGACGUGCUCAAGUCACCUUCCCCCUUCCCGAACGGGAUGAGCCAGUCCUCGCCUUCUGGAAUCUCCACUCCUGUCCCCACACUAGCAACGGUGCCGGAUGAAUCUCUUCCGUCCAAAUUUACUGCCUGUGUCAGCAGAGACGACAGCGUGCGCAGGCUGAAGAGGACAUUUGAGGCGCUGGGCGGUCUGGGUCCUGCAAUUCAGGUCAUAGCAGGGCACAAUGCCGACUCAGCUGCUCACGCGGAUAUCAUCAUUCUUUGCUGCAAACCCCACCAAGCCGAGGGCAUCCUUACCGCACCUGGCAUGGUUCAUGCUCUUGAAGGCAAGCUGCUCAUCAGCAUCCUCGCCGGUGUCACGAUCUCCCAAAUGCGCGGAUGGGUCCCCGCAUCGACCCGUCUCAUCCGUGCGAUGCCCAAUACCCCGUGCAAGAUCCGGGAGGGUAUGACAGUGCUCUCUUCCCCUGAUGCAGAGCUACAUACGCCGCUCCAUCUCCUUGCGAAGGACAAGGAGAUCUGCACCAGCAUCUUCUCUUCUAUUGGGAGGGCGAGGUUCUUGGAUGAAAAGCACUUUGAUGCAUGUACGGCCCUCAGCGGGUCGGGCCCAGCAUUCGCAUGUAUCUUCUUGGAGGCGCUGGCCGAUGGGGGUGUUAUGAUGGGGUUGCCGAGAGCAGAAGCGCUGGAAUUGGCUGCUCAGACACUACAGGGUGCAGCGCGUAUGACACUACAGUCUGGGGCUCAUCCAGCAGCCAUCAAAGAUACCGUGACAACUCCUGGUGGUUGCACCAUUGCUGGCGUUUUGACACUAGAAGACGGUCGUGUGCGGUCGACAAUCGCGCGUGCAAUCCAGGUUGCAACGGAGCGUGCCAGCGAGCUCGGCCAGUCUGGAAAGCAGCCCACCUCUGCUCGCAAGCAUUGAUGUAUACAUGAUGUAAUUGGCAAUCAUCUCGGAGGUACAAUGUAGAAUAAUAUCAAUCUUGGUUUAAG